AUGACGGCCAUUGGGACAAAAGUAUACCUGUACGGGGGACAGGACCCAGUGACGGGGAUCUGCUACGAUGAUAUCCUCAUGCUUGACACGUUGACGUGGGACUGGAGCUUUGUAGAGGUGGAAAGUGGGCGGCCUCCUGCGAGGCAUUCUCACUGCACAGGCCUUUUCCAAGACCAUUGCUUGUUGGUCUUUGGGGGAGCGGGCAUGCAUGGCACGCUGGGCGAUCUGUGGCUUUUCAACACAAAGACCGGAACUUGGGUCACGCCCAUGGCAGAGGGGCAGGCGCCCUGUCAGAGGGAGAUGCACUCUGGUGUCAUGCUCACUGACAGCCGCAUGCUCAUCUGCGGCGGCCGCAGCGCUGCAGGGCAGGUGCUGUGCGAUGUUUCCAUCUUUGAUGGGAAUGAGAUGAAGUGGACCAGUUCCAUUGCGACCCAGUACUUCUUCUGCGCGCAUUCAGCCGUCAUCAUGCCACUCACAAUGCCCUCCCUGCCUCAUUUGGGUGCGUUGUCCAAUGGCAGCGCCGGUGGAUCCCCCAAUGAAGCCACAUCCUCACAGACGCCGCCUGCUGACAGUGCUGCUAUGGCCUCGCCGCAGAGCUCCCGAGUGAUUCUCUAUGGCGGCUUCAGCGGCGAGGGCAUCACUGGCUUAGUUCUAUCGCUGGAUCCAGUGACACUGCGAGCAGAGAUAGUGGAUUAUGGGCCAGGGUCAAAUGGGCUGAAAAAACCUGUGACCCGCUUUGCUCAGAGCGCAGUGACUGUGCCUGCCAGUGCACCCUGCAGCUCUUCCUUGGAAAUGGUCGUUGUUGCAGGGGUUCAUCCUGAAAUGGACUUGAAUGAUCUUGCCAUUUGGCGGCCACAUGUCUUGGGCAGCUGA